ACUGUGACAGCGUCAUUGAAUACCCUCACACACCGGAGAUAACUGUGGUGACUGCCAUUGGAAAAAAAAAAAAUAUAGUAGAAAUGAGGGUGUUCUACAUUCUGGGUUAUAAAGGCUGUGAACGAGGUUAGAGGAGAACCACAUGCUGUAGUUGGCGACCGGAGGUUCUGUAACAGAAGUUCAUUCAUGACUAUAGUGUAUAAACGUUAAUUGUCUACGUUGAGUUAGCUAUCGUAGCCCAACAACACCAGUUACGCCUUGCUGGUGGUCAACAGCAGUGUGUUUGUUUAAAGACUUUAGCUCUACGUGGGAUCAUGUAUCUGUUUCAACUUUCUUAAGUUGUUGUUGCUGGCCUUCAUGCUUGUUAUAUAGUAAGUUAGAUGUGAUCACCUGGACUCAGAAUGGUUCAUGUUUAUACGAGGAAUAUUUAUUUUCUAAAUUGAGUUCUGUGUGAUUCAGAUAAUUCAAUAUUGAUUAAAAAAACAAACAACAAACCUACGACUCUCAUGUUCCAAUAGUCGAAAGUACCCGUACCAGAAUGAACAAAGCCAUUGAUUGUGGAGCUACGGCGGGAUUAUCCGAUGGUUAUGACGAGGAUUCCCUACAGGAUACUACGGACACUGAAUCUGGCUCUCCUGGUGGUUUAGGCGGAAUGUCGACGGCAGCUUCGAGCAACGACCCCCUCGAGUCGAACCCGACUAUUCAGGAUGCCGUGUCUAAAGUUCUCGACAGUUAUGACUGGUCCCAAGUAGCAAAGAGCAGCCGACAGAGCGGCGCGGAUAAACGGAAACCCCACGUGAAACGACCGAUGAACGCCUUCAUGGUCUGGGCUCAGGCCGCUAGGCGGAAGCUGGCAGACCAGUACCCCCAUUUGCAUAACGCUGAACUCAGCAAGACCCUCGGGAAACUGUGGAGGCUUUUGGGUGACGGUGAAAAAAAACCGUUUAUUGAAGAAGCGGAAAGGUUACGCUCCAAACAUAAAAAAGACCAUCCGGACUACAAGUACCAGCCUAGAAGAAGAAAACCGCCAAAAAGUUCAACAUUUUCCACCUCUUCAGUUUCUGGCACAGAACCAUCACAUUUACCUAUAAAAGCUAUAGCUUCCAUUGGUCAUCGAAAUAAUCUUGGAGCAGAUUCUUCGGACAGCGACAAUAGAUCGUACAACAACCUCUAUUCUGGUCGUAUUGGUCCUUACCCUCCACAUCAAAGCCCACCAACGCCACCUACAACACCGUACCAUGGCGCCAGAAUCCUUCAUCACAAAAGCAGAGAGGAAACAAAUUCGUUAAUAUCAGACGGGAUCAUACUUCAAUCAGGCAGAGGUACCACACAGAACCCAGUUAGCGUUCAGUCAGGAGGAAGUAGUUCAAUAGUGCUGCCAUCUAGGGAGACACAGUGCAAAUACGCAAGAGUGGAAGAAUCUCCGUCCAGUCAAGUUCCAACAAUGGGAUCUCACGGAGCCGUUGAUCCAUACGUUCAUCUAAGCUUAACUGGAGCUCCGCAGUACUCUCACAUCCCCCAUGGCAACCUCUCUAUGGUUGGAGCUGGAGCUUCUUCUACUACACCUUGGGGCCGGUUCUCUGCCGAGCAGUUUUCUCAAGAUCGCCUUCGGGUUAGCUGCUUAUCUAGUGCGCAUGUGUCUCGUGAAGACCACCACAUGGUGGGUGAGGGCUUAAUCGGAACCCAGGGUUGCAAGGAAGGAGGCCUAGCAGGAGAUCGAGGCCCAGGAAACCCGCCACUGGACCUUUAUCGGACCCCCAACUACAGCGCUGAUUACACCACUCGUCGUUCCGGAACUACAAGUUUCGUUGAACCAGAGAGCUUUCCUCAUUGCACAAAAGCCUUCACGACUCCGUCGGCAUUGCUGGGAGUACAAAGCUGCCCUAUGUUUAGUCAUGUAGUUCCCGGCUCUCAGGGGGAGCCAUCACUAUUUGUGCCAGACAGCAGGCCUCAGCUCGAAGGCACAAACUCGUGUGCUUACAGCUCAGGUCAUACACUGGGUCAUUUUCUUCAGCCCAGGUAGUAAACUUUCAUAAUGUGUGUUUAUAAUAUAACUUCGGGAAGAAAUGUUUAUGUUUCUAUACACAUACCUUACGCCUUGAUCGACUCUGAACUUUUAAGCGGUGAUGUUGCUCCACGUCAUUUUUAUUAUCAAUUACAAAUCUAUCAAUUCAAUAAGAUGCAUUGUUUUAGAGUAGAAUUUAAUCACUUAAAGAAGCUUAAUAAAAUUAAUUUUCAGCGUUAUUCCGUAGAACGUAGGGUAUUUUGGUCAGUGCAGAUAAUCAUUGCGUCAGUAUUCGAAUUGCAGCGUUUGGUGAUCAUUGCAAGAUGAUAACUUCAAAGUAAUGAUUAUUUAAUAUUUGUAAAAUUCCCGUCGAGUACUAACGAAAUAUAAAGGUGCAAUACGAACACUAGGUUGCCACUUGAAUAAUGUUUUCAUUUUUGUACACUGUUUUAAAUUAUAUUUAAUAACCAAAUGAAACUAGGUAAAGAUUAUGCAACCAGAAGAACUGCUAAAACUUACAAUAAAAAUUACAAUAUCUUUAAUUAUGACUAAAAAGCAAACUUUUUUUCGGUUAUGCAAAAAAAAGGGUCAUAAAAUAUAGAACUGAGAUCAUUUGUUUUUUAAUUUCAUGCAAAGCUGCGCUAACCGUCCCUAAUUUUGAAGUUAUAGACUAAAGGGAACGGAGGGAGUCAACACCGCCCAACACCAAGCCUUGGAUUACUUUUUACGAACGAACAGUGUACCCCAGUAUCACAUCAUUCAACUGUGCGUGUGUUUUUAUGAAUAACAAUUUUUGAUCUGAAUAAAAAAUCACACUUAAGCAAGCUAGCUAACUUCACAGAGUGCACCCUAUUGUACAUUUAAAUUUUCUUUUCUAUUGCUGCUGUCUGGAAAUAUUUGAUUUCGUUAAUCGUUAAUCAGCAGACUAGAUUUGCCGCUGCCGCCAUCUAUUGAACGUAUUUGAUAAAACAAGUGUGACAUUUCCAUCUCCAAUAAUACAUAUUUUCGAACAUUUUAAGCCAAUUGAAAAGAACGUACGAUAGACUGUGCUUAUAUUUUCUCUGUAAGUGUAUUUAUUAUAAGUGGGUGGCAUUUAUGGAGCUAAGCCAUGAUGGAUUUCAAUAUAAUCAUUAUGGUGAAAUGAACUAAAAACUGGUUUAAUGUUGUUUAUCUUGUGUAUUUAUCCCCUUAGUUGUAAUAUAUUAAUUUGUUACAGAGUUAUUUUACCUAUUUCAGCUAUAACCUAGAUCUAAGUGAACGUUAGAUAUGAUACCGUUACGUAAGUUUAUAUUAUCAAGUUAAGAACUCUGAAAGAAGUUCUGUAAUAAGUUAGAAAAUAAACAUGUUGUUACGAGCGAAAACAAACAAACACAAAAAGGUAUUUUAAAGCCACGAGCAGCUAUAUCUCUCAUCAUAAAGCCUUCAGUUUGAAACAUUUUUUUUUGUCUGCAUUAUAAAUACUAAGAUAAAAAUGGCCAAGUCUGACAACCAGUAUAUGUUAGUUUACCAAGAGAUUGAAUAUAAAAAAAAAUAUUUGUUUGAAUAGUGAGCAUACUGACGAGAUAAAUAACGUAAUGAAGAAAACAAAGGUGGGAUUGCUGAGUUAGUUUCUUUAUUUUACGAAGUCCUGUAAUACUCUCGUUUCACCCAUAUUCUGGAACCCAGGGAGGAACAGUAACAAGUAGUAACUUUUAAACGUUUAAUAUAUAAUAUAACUUGCGUACCUUCUAACUUCCAGAAGGACUUUAGUAUUGUAAACAAAAAAUGGCUAAUAAAAUAUGUUUCAUAUGACA